AGCAGCGGCGCGCGCCGGCCGCUUCCAAACGUUUAUAUUAUUUUAACAUUACGUGUUUCAUUUCGCGUAGACUUUUGGACGGCGGUAGUUGAGGCGCGGGAUGUGCAAAUUGUGAUUUCGGACUACAAUUUUAAAAAAAAGUUUAAUUCAAAAAUGGAACACCGUGAACAUUUGGAAAUAAAAUUCGACAGGCAAAAAUAUUUUUCGAUAUACAACCGCAACUAAACGCAGUUCAAACUAGGUUUUCGUUUUCUUACACAAGUUUUAUGUUGAACAUUAUGUUUAUUUUGAAACUGUAACACAACAAACUGUAUAACCGACGGAGGACAUAGGUAUAGAACAGAAGAGAAGAUGGCGCUCGCUUCUUCUGUCAGCUUGUACUACUCGAUAGUUCAACGAGCAGCGAGGCACUACUUAGAAGACUACUGUCACACAGAUACGACAGCCCCGUACGUCCUCUACAAGGAUGGAGUGGAGCGCGCCCCACCGGGCACGCAGUGGGGCGGAGGCGUGCUGGACGGUGGCUACCAGCCCAUGCAGCACCAGAGCCCUGGGGGGCCUUCGCCGCAACCCGAGCCUCAGCUCGCCUCGCCGGCUCCCUCGCCGUACCCGCCUGCGCCGCCCCCGCCCGACCCGACGGGCGCAGCCGAAGAUGCUGCGCAGCAAUUAGCGCAGCAACAGGCUCAACAGCAAGUGCAGCAGCAACAGCAACAGCAACAGCAGCAACAGACCUCCCCCGAACAUAUGCAAGUGGAACAACAGCUACAGUCGCAACCUCAGCCGCAACCCCCAACGCAGGACCACCUCGACCGCACGCCAUGCUUCGUGCCCCAGCCUGAUUUGCAACAGCAGUACACGCCUUAUUUCAAAGAGACAAGGCCAACGAGUCACAUGCUCGGCACCGGCGGCUUCCCGCUCCACUAUCUAAAACAGAAUGGAGGAGUUCUGUCGCUGGAGAGCCCGCUCGAUCAAUACGGCGCUCCAGAUUUACGCCACCUGCCCGACAUCGUUCAGCCUGAACCGCCCAAACCGCGCAAGCACAACCCGAACUCGGAGCUGCGGCUGUUCAAGUGCCUAACGUGCGGCAAGGACUUCAAGCAGAAGUCGACUCUGCUGCAGCACGAGCGCAUCCACACGGACUCGCGGCCGUACGGGUGCCCGGAGUGCGGCAAGCGGUUCCGGCAGCAGUCUCACCUGACGCAGCAUCUGCGCAUCCACGCGAACGAGAAGCCCUACGCGUGCGUGUACUGCCCGCGCUCGUUCCGGCAGCGCGCCAUCCUCAACCAGCAUCUGCGCAUCCAUUCCGGUGAGAAGCCAUAUACGUGCGGCGAGUGCGGCAAACAUUUCCGCCAGAAGGCCAUCCUGAACCAGCACGUCCGCACACACCAAGACGUGUCGCCGCACCUGAUAUUCAAGAACGGAACAACGCCGACGCUGUGGCCCCAGGACGUGCCCUUCCCCCCCGACGAGAACAAAGAGGAGGUGCAGUCCACGUUCGGCGACACUGACGGCCAAAACGGCGAGCAGCGAGGCUCGUGUUUCUCGCCUGGAGACACAGCGCAGUAUCCGGCCUACUUCAAGGACACCAAGGGUCUUAAUCACACCGUGUUUGGUUCGGGACUCUCGCUACAGUAUCUUAAGGGUGGUAAACUGCCAGACGUGCUCGGCGGACGGGCAAUGCCCCUCUACGUCCGCUGCCCAAUUUGCCAAAAAGAAUUCAAGCAGAAGUCAACGUUGCUCCAACACGGCUGCAUCCACAUCGAGUCGCGGCCGUAUCCGUGUCCAGAGUGCGGCAAGCGUUUCAGGCAACAGUCACAUUUGACGCAACACUUACGCAUCCAUACGAAUGAAAAACCUUAUGGAUGCGUGUACUGCCCGCGAUUCUUCCGACAACGGACAAUUCUGAACCAGCAUUUGCGCAUCCACACUGGCGAGAAGCCGUACAAGUGCACACAGUGUGGCAAGGACUUCAGGCAGAAGGCGAUACUUGACCAACACACGCGAACGCAUCAGGGCGACCGACCAUUCUGCUGCCCGAUGCCCAACUGCCGGCGGCGGUUUGCUACCGAGCCCGAGGUGAAGAAGCACAUCGACAACCACAUGAACCCGCACGCGGCCAAGCGGCGCGCGGACGCGUCGAAGACUCCGCGGCCGCUGCCGCCCGCGGCGGCGGUGGUGAAGCCGGAGCUGUACUUCCCGCAGUGCUACGCGCCGUCUUUCCAGCAGUUCCCGACGGGCGGCGCGGCGGAGUUCAAGCCGGCCGUGGGCCCUGGCGCGCCGGUGGCGUGCCUGCCGGCGCAGUGACCCGCGCCCCCGCCGCGAUGGCACGCGGCGCCCUCGCACGCGCACCACCACGACCUGUACGCCGCCGACCGCCUCUACAACUGAGCGGCUCGGCGCGCGCCCUCGUGUCCCGGGCCCGUUUUAGACUCGCACGAGAGCCGCACCCAAAAUAGUGGUCCGCCCGCGUCGCACCCGGUAUACGACUCGCACCCGCGAGCUUGCAUCUCAUAUGUAAUAAUAUUAAUCGGAUCGCUGUAAAACGAGCUUCGAUCUGUAAAUACCGACCGUUGAUAGUCCGUCGAGAGAUCUGUCGCGUUGUACAGUUUCAGAGUUCACGUUACCCUCGGAACCGAGUACAGUUAGCGCUUUUUGCCCCGUAAUCGUUAAGUUACCACGUAAGAGUUAGUUUUCUCGGUGAUUCUUGAUCGAAAUUUUGAUUAAAAUCUAAGCGGAUCGAACCAGAGAUUAGAAUUUAAAAACACUUCGUCGACAUCUAAAAACAUAAGAAUUGAUCUUUGUACCAGGUAACAAAUACAAAUAUUUCGCGAUGAAUGUAAGCGGCGCGUUCGCUGUGCCUACUUCGUAAUAAAUAUACAUAUUUAGUAGGUGUGUUAAGUUAAUUUUAUUUACGAGUAAUAAGGGAUGAAAUCUGGCAAGUGUAGGGUGAAGUAAAUUGAUUCAUGAUGCUCAAAAUGUGUGUUGUAAUAUAAUCGUUAAUGGGAAUUAACGCGUAGCUUUAGGCCAGAGUUCGGGAUCGCAUCCUCUGAGAGUACUGCGGGAAUCGGUGAAAGCGGAAUCUUGAAUGCAAACCAAAAACGUAGGUUACCUUUUGCCAUCAACAAUUUUCUUUGUAAGUACUUACGAGAGUUUUUGUUACGUAAAGCAUUUACUGAAGAGAUUACUCAACAGUAACACUGUAGGUGCCAAAAUAGCGUAGUGAUUUAUUGAAUUACUUCUACCAGCUUCUAUUGUAGUUAGGUUGUUACCAGUUUAUUCACCAUUGUGACAAUUUGAGAUGCAUUUAACGGAAAGGGUCAGACUGAGAUAGGACUGUGAUAGCUAGCUAGGUUAGGUGUCUAUUUCGCUCACUUAGCGUUAAAAACUUCGUGUUGUUGUGACGAAACUUAUCGAUUAUAACCGUUUUGGAUUCGUGUGGAUGAUUUUGUAAUUUAAAAAAAAAUAUUUUUAUCUAAAUUUUUACUUUGUUUGUAUGUGAAAGUGCUGCAAUAGACGUUUUUGUUUUUAUUAACACUUCGCGUGAUUGCUCUGCCAAGGGGAAGUAACAGCGCCAUCUAGAUACUCAGUUUCAAAAACUUAAAGGAAAAUUGACAGUAGAGCAGUUCAAAUUAAUUCUCAGGCUAUCUGCGGAGACACCAAGUUGUUAAUGUUAGGGGUUAUAAAUGUCAUGCGAAGGAGUUAAAUAUUUUGCAAUAGCCCAGAAGCCGUCGAGCGGCCGCCUUCAAGCCAUCGACUGAUUCGAUAACGUAUUGUGAUGAGUGAGAUUAGUAAAUUUUUUACCAUUUAGGUAAGGUGUGUGAUUUGGAAAAGUGCUUUGUCGUAGUUUGAUCCACGGAGGGAAGGUAUUAUGCCAGAAUAUUGUUUCUAAUUUUAGCUUAGGCUAUCGUAUCACGAAUUACCAAGCAAUUCGAUCAUUCAUCGCGAAAUAACUUAGACAUUAAGGAAAAUAAAUAUAUAUAUAAAUUUGUAACAUUGUCGGUGAAUUCUGGCGCCGGAGUGCGUCUUGUGUUUUCGCGCUAUGAAGUGAAUUAAGGCUCGGUUCACACAUACACACACAAUCUCGGAUUUCGCAAAAUAGUCAAUUAUUUCACACUCACUGAUAGGUAUACAGAUAAGAUUUAUGAAAUAGUACAAAUGUUCAAUUCUCCGUUCUGCAGUUAAAUAAGUUUUUCAUAGGCAAUAGUACAACGGAACCAGCUUAGAGUAAUUUUAUUUAGUCAAUCUAACCUAUCCUAACCUAAGGUAACAGUUGAAUGUUUAGGGUAGUUUGGUUUCUUCUUUGUUCCUAUGUCUUGCCAGUUUUAUACAUACAUAGGUAAAGUGUGUCCGUGUGUGAAUCCGUUUUAAUUGCAAGGAGUUUCGUGCGAUUCGUCGUGUUUUGCUGAAGCAGAGCUGGAUGUAUAAAAUAUGUCCAUAAGCGGCCGCCAUCUUGUGCUAACAAGAUUUUUAGAAUGAGCGCAAAGCCUCGCCAGAAUACAUCGGCAAAUCUUUUAACGUUUUAACAUCUCUGUUUGUUUAUCUAUAGACGACCUAUAUAGCUUAUUUUUACUAUUUUACGGUUUUGUUUUCCUACCGCGUAAUGAAAUGUUUAAUGAUAGUUGUAUUAGUGCAGAUUGUGGGAGUCACAUCACAUUAUGGAUACCAUAUGAUUUUAAUGCGAACGAUGCAAUAUUACGUUUAGUGAUUUAUUUUUAUGUUUUGUUUACGAAGAAUUAUCACAUUGGACCGUUAUGGAAAUUUAACGCUCGCUCGGCUGGACCGUUAGUGGUACUAAUGUGGGCCAGUGGCGCUCUAGCCGGGCGGCACCCGUCGAUAUUGUUUUACUGAUUCAUUUUCCUAUCAAACUUUUUGGAGGUUUACAAACGAAAAAAAACACCAUUCUCGAAGAAAAUUUUAAGCAGUUAUUCUUCUGUGACUAAGUGUUCCACAAUGUUUACGUGUGAUCCUCCGAGGAGCGAGCGCCGGCGCGCGCCCCGCCGCCGCAGUUUAUACAAUCGGUUUCAGUUUAUAUAUUUAGUAUUUACAUACCAUAACACAAGCAGCCUUACAAUAAUAGUUGAUAAGUAUUUUUAUACAGGACACAAGCGCGGGGCGGGCGCCGGCGAGACGCGCCCCAGUACAAAGUUUGAAUACAAUACAUACAAUGCAGUGCCAUAGCCGUGAAAUAACCUCAGAUUUAUAUUAGAUUUUUAUACCGAUACAAAUGGAUUUAAUUUUUAAAUAUAAACAAAGGUGAUUAAGUAUACAGAGAUUACAGAUGAUAUUUUAUACAUUUAUUACAAUCAAUAUUAUUAAAAAGAAUGAUAAAUGUGAAAUAGACUUAAAGUUUAGUGUCGUAAUGGAAACGUGCUAAGUACCUAAGUGUAACGACAGGUUAUAAGUGUGGGCACGCAUGCGCGUGCCAAAUUGAAUAUAUUAUUAUCUAUACAAGUUUUCAUCAAUUUUGCACUACUUAGAAACAAUUUGGCACGUUCAUUUUAUUUCUUGAUUUUUUCCGGAAUAGUUACUCUUCCGCGUGGUUUAUGUAAAUACAUAUCAUUGGGGAAAAUUCUAAGGCAGUGUUGCAAAUUAAAUUAAAUCUUAUUCCGAUUCUAAUGGAGGCUCUGGCGAUGUAGUUCAGUUGUGCCCAACGAGUUUCCGAACAGAAUCCGAACAAGGUUUGCGUUCAAAGGAGUUUUCGAUAGAAUUCGUGUCCCAGGCUGUUCUUUUAGCUGUAUUGCUCACUGUUUUGUUAAGUUUUGCUCAAUUAAACAUGUAUGUAUUACCUACUUUAAAGUUAAUCAUAGUUUUACUUUUUUGUAUGUAAAAGGUUUUAUAACAAACUUUAGAGAGCACGGUUUUGCUUUUCUUAUGUAAUUUUAAGUGCCGGUACUGGAGCCGCAUUCAGACAGUAACAUUGGAUACAAUAUUAAUUGGGCAAUAGUAGAUGACGCUACAGGUAUUCUUGCCGUAUUUAGGUAUUAACGUGCCGUCCAAUUCGUCGAAAAUCCACGCAUUCGCCACACACGAUUAUGUUUCAGUGAAUUUAUUUCUAUAAGAUUAGGUUUGAAACAUGUUCCUAACCUGUAUUACGUAAUCUUUAUUUAUGUAUACUGUACUGUUCACAAUUGUCUGUUCGUACCCAUAGUGUAGGAUUUUCUCUGUAUUCUUUUUGCCAAUUCUUGUCUAUUAUAUAUUUCUUGCGUAUGGAAUAUAAUUCCAUAAAUAAUCUCUAGAUGUAUGCAUUGAUUGUCAACAUUCGAUGUUUUAUAAAUCUUGUAGUGACGACAGGAUUGCAUUUUAACAUUUUUUAACCAUAAACAAAAAUGUAUUUUUUUCUUCGUAAUGUAACCGAAUGAAACACUAUCGCGUAAUAUACUUGAUAAUGUGUAUUUUUAAGUUGUUAACGUUUUUAAAGGAGAGAAUAAGAUUGCAUUGCAAACUAUAAUUUACAUAAACAUAAUAUUAUCAGAUUAAUGUCAAUUGUAUGAAAUACAAUUUUUUGGGCAAUAUAUGUACAUCAAAAGCUAAGCUUGAUAAAAAAUAAUGAGAGCCAGCUUCAUAGUUGUCCGUACGGGGCGAGGAGGGAUGGGCAGAGACAUAAAAUACUGCAAAAAAACAUAAGGACAUCACAAGAUUUCGUAUCAUCUUGAUAUCGAAGCUAUCACCCACCCGUCGACCGUAUGCAUUUUAGUUAAGCGAAAACAACAUUUUGUACACAUAUUUCUUUUCGAAUGAUGCAUUUAUUUGUGAUCUCACGACGAAAAUGUUUGUACGUAAGAUAACUCAUUCAUUCGUUCGUCGAAUAUCGGCUUCGGGUCUGGUUUUGUUUAAAUAUUCUUGGAUUUAAAACGUUUGUUUCAACUAGUAUAGGUAUAGAUUUUCGAAUGUCCUUAGUACUUAAAUUAUGCCAAAUAUUGUGUAGUUCUCUCGUGAAUUUAAGGCCGUGAUGCCCGAAGCCGAAUUCCACAGAAAACAUCAUAAAGGUUCAUAUUGCCGUUUGUUCUUGAAAUGUUACUUCAAGUGAAGGAUGAUUUCAGUUUUUUAAAUCAACGGUUACAGUGCGGCUAACAGUCCACAAGACGAAUUGUCGGUAUCAUGUUCGUGUUUUUAGGUAAAUAUUUUGCGUUUUUGUAUAUUUGUUUUCUUAGUUACCGGGUAGGCGCAUAAGAGUAUGUACUUAGAGAUCGAAUCUUUGGAUAUCAAUUCAUAUAGCAGUUCUUUAAAAAUACUCAUAUCGGAAUUAAUAUGCAAAUAAUGAUUAAUAAUUCCGUAUUGAUAUCUAUAGAGAAACAGUUUUCAAUUGAUAUUUGAUUAAAAUUAAAAUAUUUAAAGUCUCCGACAAACAGGAUUAUUUUCAAAUACUUUUUAGCCGCACUGUAAAAUUUGUUUCUAAUUUAAAUAACGUAGUUAUGGGAGUGGUAUCCAUGCAUAAAGAGCUUAGACAUAAAUAAUUUAGUUUCAUAGAAAGUUGGCUACGAAUUAUUUCAGCGUCUUCCAUUUUUACCGUAGUGUUUAAUUAACGCGCAUCCUUUAGUUCGAGAACUCAACUAUAGAUGGCGAGACAGUGGAACUGUCAUGGCGGAUAUUUUUUUUAUUAAUCAUUUGCUUUUAUGGGAAUCGGACGUCUAAAGAGAAUUAGACCAGACAUUUCAUUUGCAAUAUAUCCAAUCCACUCCAUAUUUUUAUGGUUAAUUAUUAAUAGGUACCACAAUAUUACCAAUCGUUUGAGUUCACGAAAAUGUGUAUCUAUUAUAUUUUGACGGUUGAUAUUCUGCGUUAUGUGUUAUACUCUUAUUUUUACAUGUAUACGCAAUUAUAUAAUAAUAAAAAAAGAUCAUUAAAGUGUUUAUACUGCAGAUAGUGCAGUCCCAGUGCAAUACACUUGAUGUUUGGCAUAAAAUAUUGUAUAAUUUAUUUUUAAAGGACUUAUUUUAAAAUAGUUAGUCUUUAAAUGUAGGUAACAGAAUAAUUGGUAGCCAACAUAAAGAUGGCCUAUUAUUUUCUUCCCUUUGUAAUAUAGGUGUAUCCGUAAUAUUGUAAACACUGCCACACUCGCCAACCGCUGUCAAAAAUAACUGAUAACACGAAGUAAAUAAAUAAUAAUUAUUUUUUUUUAAUAACAAUAGAGACUUGUUAACAGUUCCACAGUAAAAUAAGUGUUGUUGAAUUUUUUAUAAAAGAUGACAUAUUAGAUUUAAAUGAUCUUGUAGUCUGGAUUGAGUUUUUAAACAGAUUUUAUUGUUCACAAGCGUUUCGUCGAACGGCAAAGCUACGUCGCCUGUCUACCUUAUUUUUGCUACACUUAUUUGCAUUCAAUACAAUAUAACAGUUUUUACUUAUACAACAAAAUACAAUAGAUUAUACAAAUUAUAUACAAUAUACAAUAGAUAUAUACAAAAUGGUGAUAUAUAGAGAUUUUUUUAACGGGGCAUGAUAGGCGGCGUAACUUGAUGGCACGAUUUGUUUCAUGAAUGGGUGCUGUUAUAUAUUUAAUUGUACAUAUUUAUUAUAAUAUACAACAAUAGACUGGUACAUUUACACUGUUGUUAGGUUUCUACAGAGUUAUUAUCUGGGCUUGUGGCGAAUUCGCAUCCAUCCCUCAACGUUUAUUUUCAAACAUUUUUUAUUGUUAUGGAUACGUCUAACUGUUAUGCGUACGUAAUGUUUUUAAAUAUUUUACGCAUUACCUCCAAAAAUCGAAUGCACAUAGCCCUUAAAUCACUAGAACCAUCCCAUUGCUAGGUAUUGGUUUUAUAUUGUGAGAAACAAUUUAAAACUUGCAUCUUCGUGAAAAUGUAACCUAUUGGAAAAUAAAUUUAACAUUCCUUUGAUAGUUGUUUAUUUAAUGGCUGUGUGCAUAAUUAGAUUCGUAGUUAACAGGGAAGCCAAGAUGUUUAAAACAUUAUGUGUCAAUAACUUUAGUCUUCCAUUUUCCAUAACUUUAGCUAAAUAGUGACAUCACUGACAGGUUUCCGUUCGACAUAGAUAAGUUAGAUGGCCUAAAGCGAAUUCGCUACAACCCCAUCCCGCAUGUUACAAUAGAGUAUAUUUUCUUACAUACAAACUUGCAGAGACACCGAAUCAACUAUAUUAAAUUCAUUUUAGACAAUGCCAGAAUACAAGAUCGAACUUUUUACACACAACAGUUGACAUAAAACAGAUUUCCGUUAUUUUCCAUACAAUUUAGUUUUUAAUUUUUUAUGAUGAAAAAAAGCAAAAAGCAGUUGGUUGCGAUAUGGUCACAAAGAUCCAG